AUCAACUUUAAUGACACAAUAAAAAAAUAUUUAUUUUUUAAUUCUAAACUUUAUUCGUCGAUAUAAUCUUUUUUAGAAAUAUUAAUGUGCGAUUAAUGAUGAAGUAUGUCGUCUUGUAAUGAAAACAUUUCGUAUUUAUAGUGUGCAUGUUUCUGAAUUAAUUACUUGCGUUGCAUUUAGAAUAUAAUAACACGUAGCAUUGUAAAUUGCAAAAACAUACAAUGGCAUUGCGAAAGUUAAUGCAUCCAAGAAAUAAAUAUAAAAAAGGCCCUAAUUUUAAACAACUUGCUCUUUUGUAUCCAGAAUUUCGCAAAGUUGCAGUUACGGACCUCACAGGAAAAGUGCAUAUUGAUUUUAAAAAUGAAGAAACUUUGCGUAUUCUUACCAGAGUAUUGUUAAAACAUGACUUUGAUCUCACAGUAAAGAUACCGCCAAAUAAAUUAGUACCAACUCUACCUUUACGUUUGAAUUAUGUUUUGUGGAUCGAAGAUUUGAUGACACAUGCCUCUUUCACCAAAAUGGAAGAUGUUAAAGGCAUUGAUAUUGGAACUGGAGCAGUUUGUAUAUAUCCUUUGUUGCUAGCAAAGAUGUAUGGAUGUUGUAUGUUUGGAACAGAAGUUGAUGACACAAGUAUAGAAUCAGCAAUAGAAAAUGUAAAAAAUAAUAAUCUAGGAAAUUUAAUUCAAGUGAUCAAAGUGGAUAAAGAUAAAAUUCUGAAAGGAACAAUAGAAGAAAAUGAAACUUUUCAUUUUAUAAUGUGUAAUCCUCCAUUUUUUGAAACUGAAGAUACCUCGGAUAAAGUAAUAAAGCAACAACCACCAAGAAAUGCUCCUACAGGCAGUAAUAAAGAACUAAGUAUUGAAGGAGGUGAAAGAUUAUUUGUAACAAAAAUGAUUGAAGAGAGUAUGAAGAUAAGUGAAAAGAUUAAAAUAUAUAGUUCUAUGCUUGGAAAAAAAAAUAAUUUACUCUACUUUGUCAAGUUAUUAAAGAAAUAUAAUAUAAACAAUUUCACAUGGACAGAAUUUUGUCAAGGACACACAAAACGGUGGGGUUUAGCAUGGUCUUUUUUGUCAAUAGAUGUUUGUGAUUUGACAAAAGCACCUGUUAUAAGAGAAAGCAGUAUCAUGGACAAAUCUUUAAAAGAUCACCCCCCUUUGGAAAUAAUAUUUCCCAUGCAAGAUAAAUAUGUGCUCAUUGACAAUGUUAUUACAGAAUUAAAGAAGAUAAUUAGCAACUUGCAGAUAAAUAUAAAAGAGUUAGGGUUACAAAAAAAUACAUUGAGUGAAUGGGGAUGUCAACUCACAGCACAAAAUGAUACAUGGUCGCAUGCACGUAGAAAACGUCGUUUAGCUGAAAGACAAAGUAAAGAUUGCAAAGAAGAAAAUAUAGGAAGUACUAUUGUUACAGAGCAAAUUAAUGUGGACUCUGAAGUUAACACAAUACAACAUUUGAAUGUAAAAAAUGAAGAUACACAGUUCGUCUCUACAAAAGACACAGAAACAUCUGAUCAUAAAGAUCCUUUGUUAGUUUUCAAUCUAUUUCUUAGCAUAUUAGAGGAUGAACAAGAUCCUGAAAAAAACCAUGUAAAGAUUUGUUUAUUUUUCGAAAGUGGAAGUGGUGGCAGAAAUGUAUUGGAAACAUUGAGACAAUAUUUGAUAAACAAAUUAAAUGUUCGAAUAUAUUUUCAACAAUUCUGUUCUAAAACAAAUAAAAAGAGAAGAAAGAAAUUCAAGAAAGCAAAGAAAGAUCCUCCUUCUAAGUUAGAUAUACGAGGAGAAGAAAAAAAACUCAAUAUUUCGUCAGCCGAGGACAGUGCAGAUUCGUCUUAAAUUGUAUUACUUUUGUAUAACAAUGAGAAACAACAUAUUUCACACAAUAAUUUUAUCAACAUAUACAAAAGGCUGCACGGAAAUCACCCAUACAUGAUUGGGUCCUUGCAACAAGAUGAUAGGAUACUGCUACUUUUAAAGAACGCGGACCAUGAUAACGAAGAUUUAAAUCCAGAGCAUGUUCCAAGAAUCUAAGCGAUAAUUCAUACUCUCCAACGGCAUGUAAUAUUAAAGAAAUGUUACUCUAAGAGCUACUUCUGGGUGAUCUUCUCCACAAACUAACAAUGCGAGAUAACGUGCUCUAUAUAGUAAUCGUAACGACACGGAGACUUGACCAUUUGCAAAAGAAUAUAAUGCGAGAUGAAUCUAUUAAUGAGAAAAAAAAAAUAAAUUUCCAACAAUGUUACGAAUCUAGCAGUAAGAAAAGAAUAUAAAUUUCCGACAAUAUUUAAAUAAAUACGAUUAUAGAAAGGAAUUCAUUUCGUUUCAAACACUUACAUAUUCCGUGAUAGUAUAUGGAUGAUCUAUACCAUUCACUCUUUCUGACAUAAGUACAGCUUUUUGUUGGGUUGCUAACGCUUCUCCAUGAUCUCCCAUUAUAUAAUUCAACCUUGCAAGCAUUCUAAGGCAUUGUGCAAUUUCAGGAUGCAUGGCUCCAUAAACAUUGUUCAAUAAAUUUAAUGCUUCACUAAUUAAUUCAUAUCCAUCCUUCAAAUAACCUUGUUGAAUCUUGCUCUGUCCAGUUGUAUAAAAAUUAUAAGCAUCACUAGCCUGUAAUAAUAUUAAACGAUUGUUGUCUUUUAUUUUUAUUCUUUUUAAUGUCAUGUACUUUUUUGUGCACUAAAUUUGUGUACUCACCCUAGGAUUGAUAUGUUUAACAACAGGAAAAAUAUUCAAGAUGUCUUCCUCAAAGAACGUGGCUCUAUUUCUAUUUUCAAAAUUGUAUUCACGAAGUAAUAUCUGAAUACCCGUUUUUAUGCAGAAACCACGAAGCAAAGAAAUCUUUUGCAAAUGGAAAUGUUCGAUCGUAGCGUCCAAUGAUUCCGGGGUUGGUGUUUCCCAAUCAUAAUAACUUUUCAGAUCUGCUUUAAUUUGUUGCCAAAGUGAUUUUGGUGUCAAAGAUGCCCAUUCAACUUCCGACUGUUGUGGUCCAUUGUUUCUACCUUUUCUUUUAUUACGUCUUUUUGCUGUUUUGCUUUGCAACUGAAAAUAAACAAUAGUUAUCGUGCGUACAAAUAUUAUUUUUCUUUUUUUAUACGUCGUAUAAAAUGUUUUACAUACUUCUUCAAGAUUUUGUUGAGGAUGUAUGAUUUGUGCUGAAGAUAGCAAACAAUUUAAGAAAUGACUGAUAGCUGCCGAAAGACUCAUUAAUUCUGUACCCUGAAAUAUGAAAUAAUGUUAGAUAGAGACAGAGCAAAAGAGAGAGAACACUUUUUCGUAAUUUUUUAUCAAUACUAUUUUGAUAAUUCACCUGCAUAUAAGAUGUAAAAAUAUGUUUUGCUGAACGUAAAAUAAGUUCUGAAACGGCAAUACGAUUGAGAUAUCGUAAUUGAGGUACUGCAGCUAACAUGACUGCUAAUUUUCCAAGGUAACGAACGUUGAUACCUCUACCAUGUAGAGCUUCUAUUAAAGUGCUACCAUCCAUGGCAGCAGCCGUAUGAUCUAAACAUUCUCGAAUCUAAAAUUAAAAUUAAUUUUCAGUGAAUUUAAACGUAGUGAACAUGAAAACAUAGCGUUGUUAUUAUAUGUAAACAGACUCACGAAAGUUGGGAGUUGUAUGGUCAAGAGAAAAUCUGCAGCAUCUUUGACUAAUUGUUUUUGUUUCUUCAACGCAACGCCAUUUGGAUCUGGAUGACGCACUCCAGGCGAGAAAACAUCCGGAUUAAAUCUUACAUCAAAUUCCGCAUCUCGUAAACUUCCAACAGCUGCUGCAGCUCUACGAACUAUUUCUUUAGUACUUUCUUCCACUAUUAAAAAAAAAGAACAAAAAAAAA